AUGUCAGGGAAUAGAUAUCCGCAAAUGGGGGGUUCUUCUUCUAGCAAUGUGGAUCACACACCGAAGAGGGUCUAUCAAGUUUGGAGGGGAGGCAACAAGUUUUUUUGUGGUGGGAGGAUGGUAUUUGGUCCAGAUGUAGCUUCCCUGUUUCUUACAAUAUUCCUAAUUGCUGCACCUGCAAUUACAUUUUGUGUAAAAGCAUAUCUUAAAAUCAAGAAGACUGGUGACCUUGCUCACGAAUUUUGGUUUCCGGUAUUGGUAGUGGGUUCAAUUCUCACUGUUUUGGAUUUAAUGUUCCUCCUUUUGACUUCUGGAAGAGAUCCUGGAAUUGUCCCUAGAAAUUCAAGACCUCCUGAACUUGACGAUACAUAUGAUAUGCCUACUCCUUCCAUGGAGUGGAUUAAUGGUACAACUCCUCAUUUGAAACUACCUCGAACUAAAGAUGUUGUUGUUAAUGAUCACAUAGUGAAAGUAAAGUUCUGUGAUACGUGCUUGCUUUAUCGCCCUCCUCGUACUUCUCAUUGUUCUAUAUGCAACAAUUGUGUUGAGAGAUUUGAUCAUCAUUGUCCCUGGGUUGGUCAGUGCAUCGGAAUAACAACUUAUGAGAACUUCCGAUAUCAAUAUGAUAAAAAGGGGAACCCAUUCAACAGGGGAUCAUGCAAAAAUAUUAAUGAAACACUUUGUUCAAGCAUUCCCCGUUCGAAGAAUAACUUCCGAGCAUUUGUUGCGGAGGAUGAACAUAUGAUGGUCGGAUCAAUGACUCCAAGCAAUGUAGAUGGAAUUUUGACCCCAAAGGAGAAACUUGACUUUGAAAUGGGAUCUAUGCAUGCAGAAGAUGGUCGUGUACCUAUUCCUGAACUUCUGAGAAAUUUUGAUUUUGAUAAUUUUGAUGAUGACAUGAAGUUUGCAGAUGAGGGGCAGCCAUCUUUUGAUCCGUUCUACAGUAUUGAGGAUGAUGGAAAAGGUUCGUCAAGAACAUCCAAUGCAACAGUUUUGAAUUUCCAAAGCAUAAGUGAAGAUGGAAUGGAAGAGUUUGUGCAAAGCUCCAAUGCUGCGGGAAAAGUCAGAGAAUCUAGUGAAAGACACAUUAUUGCUGAUGGACACUAUUCAAACAAGGAAACUAAAGACAGAAAUCACUCACAUUAA